AUUUGGAUUCGAAUUUUAAGUGUUCACGUUUUUGUCUUUUGUUUUAUUUUAUUUCCAAAUAAAAUAAUAAUGGAUAGCAUAAAUGAUGCAGAAAUGUCUAAUAUUGGUGAUGUUCUCAACGAUACAACGAGACCCAUGAAGGAGCGGUUUAGAGCUUUGUUUACUUUGAGAAACUUAGGCGGCGAAUCCGCAAUCAAGUGUAUUAGCAAGUGUUUCAAUGAUGAAUCAGUACUUUUAAAGCAUGAACUAGCUUAUUGUUUGGGUCAAAUGCAGGAUAAGAGGGCCAUACCAGCACUGAGAGCCGUUCUUGAGGAUAAACAACAGGACCCCAUAGUUCGCCAUGAAGCAGGGGAAGCACUAGGAGCGAUAGGUGAUCCAGACCUCCGUGAGUUAUUAGAGCGAUACAAAGAUGACCCUGCAGUAGAAGUAGCUGAGACAUGUCAGAUAGCACUGGAAAGGCUUAACUGGGUAGCAAAGGAUGGUGCCAGCGAGAAGUUAUCAAAGAGUCCAUAUUCAUCGGUAGAUCCGGCACCGCCAAGCAGUGAGAAUGAUGUACAAACAUUAAAGCACACUAUGAUGAAUGAGUCUAAACCUUUGUAUGACAGAUAUAGGGCUAUGUUCAGUCUAAGAAAUAUGGCUACCACUGAAAGUAUUAUUGCUUUGGGUGAAGGAUUCAAAGCAAGCAGUGCACUCUUCAGGCAUGAAGUAGCAUUUGUAUUUGGUCAGAUGCAGGAUGAGAGAAGCAUUCCAUUUCUGAAAAUGGCCUUGGAGGACACAAAAGAGCAUGAAAUGGUGCGACAUGAAGCGGCUGAAGCCUUGGGGUCAAUAGCGACUGAUGAAUGCAUUCAAGUAUUGCAGAGAUACCUUCACGAUCCAAGGCCAGUUGUCAGGGAGAGCUGCGAGGUGGCUUUAGACAUGUCUGAAUAUGAGAAUAGCCCUGAAUUCCAGUAUGCUAACACUUUACUAGCGGUUAAAGCACAGGGCUAAAUCAGAUGCACAAUAUCCAAUGACUUUACAUUUGUGUUGACAUCUUAGAAAAAAAUGCUUGAACCAUGUCCCAGCAUUUUGUACAAUAUGAAAACUCAAAAUGUUUUUAGUUUUUUAUGAAAGCAGCAGAUUGCAUUUUCGGAGACU